GCGUGCGUCGUACGACACCGUUGCCCCGUACGUAAAUACCACGCGCGCGCUAAGCGUCGCGACGCCAGCCGAGAGUGUGCAUAAGCUAGCGCGAAACUUGCGAAAUGUUCGCGUUUACUGUGAGUCGCAAUCGGCCGCGAUCGAUGCAAUUUACUUUUGUGCCGCGCUGAACAAAUAAACAUCGGACAUACGAACGAUCGCUCGUUGGUAAUUAACGCAAUAGUAAAGGUUUUCAAAUGUGCGCGCAAAAUUUUAGUCCAGUUGUGCUGGGUUAAGUAGCGCAGAGUACUAAAGUGUUUUGGAUAGCUGUUGCGCUUGGUGCGCUACGUGUUGCGCGUCGCUGCGAGCUUCUAGAUGUUUUCUACAGGCGACGGAAAGUAGAAGAAAAGAAAAAAACGGAACAACAAGAGACGAGCACAACGGCACGUAGUCAGUGAUCGCGACAGCAAUCUACAGCUGUAAUAAUACUACGUUAUCGAGAGAUUUUUUAUGCUUGCAGACUGAUUGUGUGGAUUCACGAUGCCGGCGAGAAAAGGUCUGCUUGCUCCGCAGAACACGUUUUUGGACACAAUUGCAACGCGAUUCGAUGGCACACACAGCAACUUUGUAUUGGGAAACGCACAAGUGUCGACCAUUUAUCCGAUCGUCUAUUGUUCUGAUGGCUUCUGUGAACUUACCGGGUAUACGCGGGCGCAAAUCAUGCAGAAGGGCUGCGCCUGCAAGUUCCUUCACGGUCCGGAAACAACUGACGAGCACAAAGGGCAAAUCGACAAGGCCCUCGAGUCCAAGAACGAGCUGAAACUAGAAGUGAUUUUUUACAAAAAAGAUGGAACGCCGUUUUGGUGCCUGUUGGAUAUUGUCCCCAUCAAAAACGAAAAGCGUGAGGUGGUGUUAUUUCUCGCAUCGCAUAAGGACAUUACCAAUACUAAGAUGGCGUCGAUGUCCGACAGUGAACUCUAUGACAGCGCGGCGGUACUCGGGGCUCGGUUCCGAAGUGCUGACUCUUGCCUCCUUGCAGACGCCAACGGCAAUGUUGACCCUGAAGCACCGCCGGCGAAUUACGGCCGACGACGGAGUCGCGCCGUUCUAUACCAGCUCUCCGGUCAUUAUAAACAGGACAAGAUUAAAACCAAACUCAAAUUGAAUAAUAAUUUGCUCAGUUCCACACCAGCUCCUUUACCAGAAUACAAAACGGCAGCAAUUAAGAAGAGUCGCUUAAUCAUUUCGCACUACGGUAUGUUCAAGAGUUGUUGGGAUUGGCUGAUUCUGAUCGCAACGUUCUACGUCGCCGUUGUGGUGCCCUACAACGCCAGCUUUGGUGGCGAGAGAUCCUACGUUCCGAUCGACGUCGCUGUGGAGACGCUUUUCUUCAUGGAUAUCAUUCUCAACUUCCGCACAACAUACGUGAAUCGCAAGGGUGAGGUGGUUUCACAUUGGAAAACGAUAUCGUUAAACUAUCUCCGCACGUGGUUUAUUGUCGAUGUGCUAGCUGCGCUGCCGUUUGAUUUCCUGUAUCCGAUUUAUGGAGGACUGACGCAGAACAACAACCACAUCCACUUAAUUAAAUUAACACGAUUAUUACGCUUAGCUAGGUUAUUACAAAAGAUGGAUAGAUAUUUUCAGUACAGCGCAAUGAUUUUAACUCUAUUGAUGUUGUUCUUCACAUUGGUGGCGCACUGGUUGGCGUGCAUUUGGUACGUGAUUGCGGACAACGAGAAAAAUAAACAUGAUAAACGUUGGGAUUUAGGUUGGAUUCAUAAUUUAGCAGAGAAAUUAGAAAUACCAAUAAGCAAUAUUUCGAAUACGGACGCGUAUGUUACCGCUUUAUAUUUUACAUGUUCGAGUCUGACGAGCGUUGGUUUUGGCAACGUAAGCGCCAAUACAACCAGCGAGAAGGUUUUCAGCAUUUGUAUAAUGCUAAUUGGAGCUCUAAUGCACGCGGUGGUCUUCGGCAAUGUGACAGCAAUCAUCCAGAGGAUGUACUCGAGACGCUCGCUCUACCAUACAAAGUGGAGAGAUCUGAAGGACUUUCUAACUUUGCAUCAGAUACCGAAAGAGCUGAAACACCGCAUGCAGGAUUACUUUCAGACUAUGUGGUCCUUGAAUCACGGCAUAGACAUUCACGAGACAUUAAAAGAGUUUCCCGAGGAGUUACGCGGCGACGUCUCCAUGCACCUACACCGUGAGAUUCUCAACCUGCCAAUCUUCGAAGCAGCGUCGCAAGGAUGUCUCAAGCUACUCUCGCUGCACAUCCGAGCGAAUUUCUGUGCCCCAGGGGAAUAUCUCAUACAUCGUGGUGAUGCACUCUCCUCCAUCUAUUACAUCUGCAACGGUUCCAUGGAAGUUGUCCAGAAUGAUAUGGUGGUUGCAAUUCUGGGAAAAGGCGAUUUAGUCGGGAGCGACAUCAACUUUCAUCUGCAGUACACGUCUAAUGGGCCAUCGAGCGGUGGAGGCACAGGUGGCAACAAUGACGUUAUCAUCAAGUCGUCGAGUGAAGUGCGCGCGUUAACGUACUGCGACCUAAAGUGUAUUCACAUUCAUGGUCUUCUCGACGUGCUACGUUUAUAUCCGGAAUUUCAACAGCAGUUUGCUAACGACAUUCAGCACGACUUGACCUUUAACGUACGCGAGGGAUACGAAGCUGAGCAGGAAUCAGAUGCAAAUGGUAUGCCAUCUUUAACGCUGCCCUCGAUAAGUGAAGAUGAUGAAAACGCGCAGGAAGGUGAAACGACGCCGCUUUCUCCAAACAGAUCACCCAUGCAUGCCAUCACCAACAGUCCUCGGCACGCUAAAUUCAAUUUGAAGCUGCAGGAGUUUCACGAAAAUUCGGUUUGUGCUCGUCCCCGGUUGGGAGGCAUAGCAACCACUAAUUUGGCGCUUUUGCGUGAACGCGUUGAUCGGCAGCGCAGCGUCACCCAGUUUAAACGUACCAGCUCCCUGGAGGAGAUUAAUAACGCCUCGGAAAGCCAACCAGCCGCUGAUGUUGAAACCGCUCCUUUACCCAACAGCACUGAUCGACUGGACUCACAAAUUAGCAGUUUACAUCAUGACGUUGCGACGCUCAGUAUCGAUGUGCGAAAUGCUAUCCAAGCACUACAAGAAAUGGCAGCGCCUGGAGUGUCACAAUCUCAGUAUUCAGUUCAUUCAAUCCCCAACAUUCCGCGCGUUGGUUAUAAUACGGGCACGCUAGCGCGGAGUACAUCCCAGCCGCCGGAAGUGUUUUAUUGGGAGGAUCCUAAUUCCGGCACACAUCAUUCGCACAUGCCUUGUCUGAUACCCACUUGCCAUCAGGAAACACAAACCGACCAGGCUGCCGUGGACGCUAUGCAGGAGUACGUCCUGAAGAACUCACGUAAAGUUCUACUUAUGCUCGGUUUAGAUCCAGAUCGCGUGGCGGAAAUCUUAUAUUUGAAAUCGUCCAAUAUGCGUAAAAGCUACAGCAUUCCGGAUUCUAGUAGGCGAAUCAAUCUAUGCACAACACAGAAUAGCAUCACUCACAGAAAUGUCAAGCGAGAUAUUACGACAGGAACGGAUGUUAUCCGGAGGGACAUACAAAGGCCGUUCGUUGUGGAUGCUUACAAAGGGGAUGUGCAGGUGGAUGUGGAUUUGCUCAAUUCGCGGAAUGCUGUAUAUAAAACUAACGGCAGCGGAGGGUAAAGCUCUGUACUGUUACGUUUUUUGUGAUAUAAAUAGAUUUCACAACGUAAAUUGAACGACAUGGUGGUGAAGUGCUUUUCUCAAAACAUGGGUUCAACUUCAGUGAAAAUUAGUGAUUGUCAUAACUCUUAUUAGGUAUAACAAAUGGUGCUGACCGGUAGCAAAUCCAGUCAUUGGUUGUUAUUCAUUUCGACAAAAUAGACAACAUAGAAUUCUAAAUUUUGUCCUUGACUAUCAAAAUGUAUGCCAUUCUAACUGUCAAUUCAAUUAUGUAAUGUCUUGAUGGUCGGGGAUGAAUAUUUGUUUUUAUUUUUCAAAAUAUGCAUAUAUUAGCAUAAGAAGAGUAGAAGCACAUGACGAAUAUAACAUAUCUGCGUUUUAUUUCUUUGAACUAAAGCAUUUCAUGGCGAUUUGUGAUUAUCGAUUUAACAACACUUCAAACUUUUCAUGUAUUUGCCAAAUUAUCAACUAAUAGACUCCUACAUAUCUCAGGAUAUAUGCAUUUUAGGGAAAAACUUAUGAUUUGAAAAAUUGUAUUAUUUUGCUUUUAAAUGUGACAUUGGUUUAAACUUUGUAUGUGAAAAAUUACUAUAAUUUAUUUGCCAUGAUAAAAUAAUAUUUGGCGGUUAUUUGUGAGUCAAUAAUAACUAAUAAGUCGCUACUGGACCACUUCAACUUAGAACUCCUAGAUAAUAGAAUAAUUGGACAACGUCAUUCAGUCAAUCAAUGUAAAAUUAUGCGCCAACUGCGCGAAAAAUAUAUGUAGGUAUUGCAAGCGUUGACUGGGAAACUUUAGUCAACGUUUCUAACUUCGAUCAUUAUUUUCGCCUUCUAAGUUUGUAAGAUGUCAUUACGCUAAUAUUAUUCCAACGAAUGAUUAUGUGUUUAUAUGCAUUUCAUUUACUGUGAUUUGUUGUGGAAGAAGUUUGCACGCACAAUUACCGACUUUAAAAAUUCUAAAAAUCAUCUUUCAGAACAACUUUUUUCCUAAAAUGUAUAGUUCUAUCUUAGUGCGACAAAUAUUUUCAAAACAUGUUCUAUGCCUAUAUUUAGUAUAUAAAUAAAAAAAAAAAUAAUUUCUAAAUACAA